CGUGGUUCGUUGGGUAUAAAUCCGUGCCCGCGAGGACCGCAUGGCACUAACAAGUUCGCUGCAGAGUGUUUUGCCCCUUUGUCAGAUAACUGUACAACUGCAGGAUGAAGGCGUUGUGUGUUCUUCUAUUGACUCUGUGCACAGUGCGUGCGGGUUCGUCAAAAUCAACCUCCACCGCCGGCAUCAGCAGUACGCUCAGUUCAACAUCAGCCACAACCACCUUAAGCGCAGGUCUGACGACGAGUACCAAGACAACCAAAGGCGUCACGACGAGUACCAAGACAAGCGCAGACGUCACGGCGAGUACCAAGACAAGCACAGACGUCACGGCGAGUACCAAGACAAGCACAGACGUCACGGCGAGUACCAAGACAAUCACAGACGACGGGCCGACUACAAAUUCAACCACUCCUGACAACGCCGCAGGAACGCCAACCAGCCCCCUCUCCUUGAUGACGACCGUUGUCAUUUUCUCUGUGAUCGCCCGGAUGUAGUCACAUGACAAGGGAUAAUGACGUCAACGAGCAUUUGAUGAACUACCCUCAAUAUGACUGUCUGGGAUCACGAGUGACAGCUGUCUGUCAACUGCGCACAUUUACUGAAACCAACUUGUUUAACACCCGAUGCGCGCGCACACGCACGCACGCACGCACGCACGCACACACACACACACACACACACACACACGUCACGCCGAAGACCCGGCUUAGAUUCCCCACAUAUGACCAAUGUGUGAAGACCAUUCAGCGAUAGAAACUAACAGUUUUAGUCCUUAUAAUGAUAACAUACAGCAAAACCCCAAA